AGUCUGCGCAGUGCGGGACCGAGGCCGGGAGGGAGGUGUGCGUACGUGGUGGGUUGCGGCCCCUUUAGGCUGUCGUGUCUUUAAAAAAAUACAACACAAAAUGGGUUCAAAAAGAGCCCUGGUCAUCCUGGCCCAAGGAGCAGAGGAAAUGGAGUUGGUAAUCCCUGUGGAUAUCAUGAGGCGAGCUGGGAUCAAAGUCACUGUUGCAGGUUUGACUGGGAAAGACCCAGUACAGUGUAGCCGUGAUGUUGUCAUUUGUCCUGAUGCUAGUCUUGAAGAUGCAAAAAAACAGGGGCCAUAUGAUGCAGUUGUUCUACCUGGAGGUAACCUGGGGGCGAAGAAUUUAUGUGAGUCAAAGGCUGUGAAAGAGAUCCUGAAGGAGCAGGAGAGCAGGAAGGGGCUCAUCGCCGCCAUCUGUGCAGGUCCUACGGCUCUGUUGGCUCAUGAAAUAGGUUUUGGAAGCAAAGUUACAUCACACCCACUUGCUAAAGAAAACAUGAUGAAUGGGAGUCAUUACAGCUAUUCAGAGAGCCGUGUGGAAAAGGAUGGUCACAUCCUCACCAGCCGUGGGCCGGGGACCUCCUUUGAGUUUGCUCUGGCCAUUGUGGAGGAACUCAGUGGCAAGGAGGUGGCCGACCAAACGAAGGCGCCACUUGUCCUUAAAGACUAGAGCAGAAGCCCUGGCCUGAGAAGAGAAGGGGCCCAGGCACCCGUUCCUGCCUCCAGCCAGCCAAGUGGGAAACCAUGGCCUCUCUGAAACAUCUGUAGCUGUGAAGUGGUCCACACAGGGCCCCCAUCUGCAAGUGUCUGUCCAUUUCUGAACCCUGUUUGCAGAAUAAACAGGGCGUUUAGCAAGCCACUGAUGGCUUCACCUCAUCAUUUGUCUGCAGUUCUU